UGGGAUCCCCCAUCUUCUAUAGACAAUAUUCUCGUUCGCGGCUAUACACUUUCUUAUGGGACUGGUUCUACUGACACGAGAAAAGUUGUUUUAGAAGGAGCAGAAAAUGUUGAAUAUACCUUGAAUAUGUUAAAGCCAAAUACAAGUUAUGUUUUAUCUUUAACUGCAUAUAAUGAAGCUUAUGGAGAAGAUUCUUCUCGUUUACUUUUAUUAAUUAAAACCCCUUUAAAUAAUUUCCAACAAGCUAAAGAUGAAGUUUUGGAAGAAGAAAAUAAUAAAUAUUUAAAUAAUUUACUAUUACCUAAACCUUCUGGAUUAAAAGUUGAAAAGACUGGAAAUGUUGAUGAAUUUUUGUUAUACUGGGAUGAACCAGAAAUUAUUGAAAAUAAUAAAAAGAAGAAUUUUAUUUAUUAUAUUGUUCAGUAUUGGAAAGAUUCUGGAAUAUUAAAAGAUGGACGAACAAAAGAAGAAUUACAUAAAAUAAAUGUAGAACAUCCCCCAGCAUUAUUAACUGGAAUUAAAUUAAUUAAUUCAAAUAAAUAUUUAGCUAAAGUUAAAUUAAUUUCUUCUAAUGGUUCUAUGAGUCAAUGGAGUGAAAAAUUACCUUUAUUAAGAAAAAGUGAAGAGAAAAUAAAUAAAAAUCGUUGGAAAAGUGGAGGAGGAAAAAUAAUUGGGGAAGAAGUUGAAGAAGAUUUUUGCGGGUAAAUUUUGGAAAUUUUAAAGGGGAUUUUCUUUAAUUUUUGUUGAAUGGAU